GGGUUGUGUUGUUUUAUUUUUAUCGAGGGUUCCAGAAAGAGGGGAAUUUAGGGUUCUUCAACACAAGGCAAGAAUUUGAUCCGUGAGGAGCGAUGGGGGAGGUUGAUAUAGACGGAAGGUCUCCAAUGCUGGGACGUGUGUAUCUGAGUUACGAGGUUGGUUCUUUUCCUAAGAAUCUGAUUCCUCCGCAUAUUCGACGGGACGAGAAUAAAGAGCCUAAGUACACGACACAGCAAGAGUGUGUUAUGAUGAGAAGACAAGUCAGGAAGAGCAAGGGGUUCGACAUCGAUUUCACACAGUUCCGCUCUGUUUUCAAUUACCGCCCUGUUAAUUUUGACUGUAAAGAGUAUUCUUUGGCACCAGAAACCACUAGGGGGUUACUCGAGAGGCUGUCUCGAAACUCCCUUAAGAACUACAACAAAGAAUGGUUUACAGAAUAUGAAUUUCUCAAUGUUGUCAAAGCCAAUUCUUACAUGUGUUCUGGGAGAAUGUAUUUCAUAACCUUUGAGGUUCGAGAUCCUUACGACAACCUGCCAAAGCUCUUCCAAGCUAGGGUCCGCUAUUAUUAUGAUGUUACGGAUGACUACAUAUUAUGCAGACCAAAACCCAAUCAGAAAGUCAAAUGCGUUGGAACUGCCAAGACACAUAAAAGAUUGGCAUAGGAAGCUUAUGCAAUCUCUAAUGUGGUUGGAUGUUGAGCAGUGAGCUAAAUUAGUGUUUGGAGUGUUCAGAGUUUAUGGUAGAAUUGUUCUUGUCGCCCAAAUCCACUACUAGGAAGGAAUUAUUAAUGUGAGAUAUAUUUUAAUUAACAAGCUAUUGAGAAAGAAAAACAUUGAACAUUUCUAGUCAAAUUCGUGUAAUGUGUUGGAUGCUAUGGGAAUCUCUUUUUUUUUUUUUUUUUUUUGAUUGACUAUGGGACUCUCUCUUUGUGGACGUUUUCUUAUUACCCAUAUCAUAUGCAUCCUUGUAUCGGACCCCCAAAAAAAUACUUUAGUAGUUUACUCGAUGAAAAUGUUUUUUUACAUU